UGGACUUUCAGAAAAGUACCUAGCUCGUUGCGUGGACUUGGUGUGCCGACUUUGGAAUUGUUUGGAAAGAGUAUUCCUGCGGCCUACUAUCUCCCAACAUGGCGUCCGCUGCAAAGCCUACCAAAAAUCAGUUGCGACGAGCGAAGAAGAAGGCCCAGAAAACCGGAGUACGCCCUCCUCCUGUUGAUUGUGCGACACAUGUGGCUGACAUCACACAGGGAACAAGAGAGCAGACUCCUGACCGUUCAGUACAGGAAGAAACCCCGGAGGCAGCUCCCAUAAAAACCGACGAAAAUGUCAAAUCCGAAGAUUCACGCGAUGGCAAUCCGCUCACAGAUCCUUUUAUUGUCGAUGAGGAAAACCCUCUCUUCGACAUGUACAAGGACAUCAUCGGGCGCUUUGAGGAGGCAGACAAACAAGAUCCAUCAUUAAGAGAAAUAGAGAAACCCGAAGUCUACUACGAUGAUGACGACGAUAUACCGGACGAAGAAGAGGAAGCGGCCCCGAAGAUGUCGAAGAAAAAGCGGAAAGAGAUGACCAAGCUGUCCGUGGCGGAACUGAAAGCGCUGGUCAAGAAGCCCGAGACUGUGGAAUGGACAGACACAUCAGCACCAGACCCGAAACUUGUUGUUCACCUGAAAUCCUACCGAAAUGUUGUUCCUGUGCCCACUCACUGGGCGUUGAAGAGAGAGUACCUAUCUUCGAAACGAGGAAUCGAGAAACCACCCUUUGCGCUACCGAAAUUCAUACAAGAGACCGGUAUUGCCGAAAUGAGAGAUGCCGCAUUGGAAAAGCAAGACCAGCAAAGCUUGAAGCAGAAACAGCGGGAACGUGUACAGGGCAAGACGGGAAGACUUGAUAUUGAUUACCAGAAACUUUACGAGGCAUUCUUCCGCUUUCAGACAAAGCCCGAGUUAACAAGAUAUGGCGAGGUAUACUACGAAGGGAAAGAGUUCGAGACCAAUCUACGACAUCUACGGCCGGGUGAAUUGUCUGAUGAGUUAAAAGAAGCACUUAACAUACCAGCUGGUGCUCCUCCGCCAUGGCUCAUCAACCAACAGCGGUAUGGCCCGCCUCCAUCAUAUCCCGCACUCAAAGUCCCUGGUGUGAAUGCUCCGCCGCCUCCAGGUGCCAGCUGGGGUUUUGCGCCAGGUCAAUGGGGUAAGCCACCCGUCGAUGAAGCCACCAACAGACCUUUGUAUGGUGGUGAUAUUUUCGGUGUAUUACAACAGCAGACAAACACACAACAAGGCGAGCCUGUUGAGAAAGACCUAUGGGGCGAGCUUCAACCACCUGAAGAGGAAGAGGAAGAAGAAGAGGAGGAAGAGGACGAGGACGAGGAAGAAGAGCAAGACGGAGAGGAGGGUGGAGCUGCUCUUGCCACCAAAUCGGGCAUCGAAACGUCGACCGGCCUGGCUUCUUACGUUCCUACAGAAAUUGGCGGGACUGAAACCGUUUCCGAGUUCGACCUACGGAAGCGACGUGGUACAGAGACCGAAGAAUCAUCUCACCCUAGAUCGGCAUAUCAAGUCAUUCCCGAGCGACAGACGCGGGUAGAAGGCUUCUUUGGCGGCGACCGUGUUUACGAUCUUAAGUCGACGCAGCAGAACGCCGACAGUCUUCCAGUCCUUGGACAAGACGAAACGCGCAAACGCAAGAAGCCGGGGGAUGUCGACGUGUCAAUUGAUCCAGAUGCUCUGGCGGCGCGCGAUGGUAUGGACAAGGAGGAUCUCCAGCGUGCAUAUGAUCAGCAACGGAAAGCCGAACAGAACCCACAAUGGGAUUUCCAAGACGACUUGUCAGACAUGAUCGCGACUGAGUCGAGGAAGAGGCAGAAGAGGGACGAAGAGAGGAGAAGUAAGCGGUGAUCAAUCUUGUCGGAGAGACCCUUGCGGACUUGUAUGGUAAAGAGCAAAAAGAUACCCCUUAAGUGCAGGCUUCAGUAAAGUGGCAGUUUUCUGUUUUGAUCGAGCUGGCGAUCGAAAACCAGGCCUCAUAGACAAUAUGCACUGUGUGUACGGACCAUCGAAUGCCUAUGUCUCAUGCCACAUAUGGUGACAAGUUUGAGGGUGAUCUGAAAGGCUGAAACCCCUAAUUCAAUGGAAGAAUGCUU